ACAACAGAGAGGGCCACCAUGGGGGACCGGAGGCCACAGGACCGGCCAAGGUCCCAAGGCAUGGACUCCACGCCCUGGUACUGUGACAAACCGCCUUCCAAGUACUUCGCGAAGCGCAAGCACAGGCGCCUGAGGUUCCCGCCUGUGGACACCCAGAACUGGGUAUUUGUGACGGAGGGCAUGGACGACUCCCGCUACGGCUGUCCGUCUCCCGAAGAUACGCUUGUUUGUCGCCGUGACGAGUUUUUACUACCCAAAAUAUCUCUCAGAGGUCCCCAAGCUGACCCCAAAAGCAGGAAGAAAAAGCUGCUCAAGAAAGCGGCCCUAUUUUCCGAGCUCUCGCCAGCACAGCCAACACGGAAGGCGUUCGUAGAGGAAGUGGAAGCCCGGCUGAUGACCAAGCAUCCCUUGGCCAUGUACCCCAAUCUGGGAAAAGAUAUGCCUCCAGAUCUCCUACUACAGGUGCUGAAACAGCUGGAUCCCGAGAGGAAGCUGGAGGACGCUUGGGCUCGUUGUGAGGCCCGGGAGAAGACAACCGAGGUACCCACCGAGUCUGGUAAAUAUCCCUGUGGGGAAUCCUGCCCGCGGCCUCCCGAGACUCCUGUGUCCCGUCUCCGUCCUCAGCUUCCCAAGACUCCGGUGUCCAGUCGCCGCCCAGAGCAUCCCAAGACUCGGGUGUCCAGUCUCCGCCCAGAGCCUCCCAAGACUCGGGUGUCCAGUCUCCACCCGGAACCUCCAGAGACUCGCGCAUCUCAUCUCCGCGCGGAUCCUCCCGAGACUGGAGUGUCCCAUCUCCGGCCAGAGCCUCCCAAGACUCUGGUGUCCAGUGUCCACCCAGAGCCUCCUGAUACUGGAGCGUCCCAUCUCUGCCCGGAGCCUCCCGAGACUCGCGUAUCUCAUCUCCACCCGGAGCCUCCUGAGACUGGAGUGUCCCAUCUUCGCCCAGAGCCUUCCAAGACUCAGGUGUCCAGUCUCUGCCCGGAGCCUCCCGAGGCUGGAGUGUCCCAUCUCUGCCUGGAACCUCCCAACACUCAUCGGGUGUCCAGUUUCCUACUACAGGUGCUGAAACUGGAUUCUGAGAAGAAGCUGGAAGACGCACGGGCUUGUUGUGAGGGCCAGGAGAUGACAACCGAGGAACUCACCAAGCCUGGUAAAUACCAUUUUUGGGAAUCCUGUCCACGGCCUUUUGAGAGUCGGAUGCCCCAUCUCCGCCUGGUGCUUCCCAUAACUCGUCGAAUGGCCAGUCUCUGCCUGAAGCCUCCCAAGACUCGUCGGGUGUCCAGUCUCUGCCCGGAGCCUACCAAGACUGGAGUGUCCCAUCAAAAAGAACUGUUUCAGGAAGAUACACCAAGCACAACGGAGUGCAUUUCUGACUUUCUUCAACAUAGAUACACAUCGAGCAAACUCCGUGACUUCAAGAGGGCUGGAGACCGGGGAGUUGAUGAACAACCCAUCAGCAGUCUGUUUGACUUUACCCCUGAGUGCAAAACAACCGAUCAAGACCAAAAGAUUAAGAAGGCAAACGAGUGUGCUUCAAGGCUGAUGUACGGCAUGGAGCUAGACGACGUGGAUGAGGUCGAAUUCUUACGGAUAAAAUACUGGGACAGGAGACGCCGGGCGGCACCGCAUUCUUAUAGUGCACAGCGUGGGAGGAUAAGGUAUGGACCAUGGUACUUCGAGCGUAGGUUGGGGAAAAAGCUAAGAAGUGAUGAACCUUUGAUUGACCCCAAGCCCGUACUUGAAAAGCCUGAUGAACCCGACAUUCUUGACGGUCUUUAUGGACCAAUUGCCUUUAAGGAUUUCAUUCUAAGCAAGGGCUACAGAAUGCCUGGCGUCAUUGAAAAGCUGUUUGCCAAGAAGGGAUGGACUUACGACUCUGUUAAGACUCCUAUUCAACGUGCAAUGCAAGUUUACAAGUACAAAGAAGACGUCACAGAUGCAUCAAAAGAAGAUUAGAUGGUUUUCAAUUUACUGCUUAAUUGGGUAUUUCUUGCUCUCAUUCUAAACAUCAAUCAGAAUUUAUGGUGACUGGCCCCGUGAAUGUACAACUUUGGCAACAUCUGUAAAUUCAAUACCCAAUGCUUAUAAAUAUGUCUUAAUGACC